AACCCGCAGCUAUCGGUGCCCGGACUUCUUCGAGCGCGGUUUGGUAAUGCGAUGAUUUAGUGCUUACACGCGGACACGCACUCUGGUCCUCAUUAGGCUGGCUGCUGCUCGUGCAUAUCGGGAUCUCGGGCUGCGGUCUUGACUGGCUUUGUGUAUGGCCGUUUGAUGUGGGUCUAGCGAAGAGCAGGGCUUCCUGCCGUCACUGUCUUGCACGGCUAGUACUGGGAACUGGUGGUGAUGAUUGGGUGGGGUUUCUCGUGUGAUAUUGGUUUAUCACGAUCUGAGUGUAAGUCUGGAGUGAGAUUGUGGGUAUAAGUAUUGCUCGAAGUCCAGGACUAGUCGUUGCGUUUGCUUGUUCGAAAGAGAUACCAAGUAAAGAUAAAGAGAUCAUGACACUCACCGAGGAUAUUCUCAAUCUCGCGUCUAGAGGACCGACGGGCCUUGACGAGCCAGAGCGGCUGGCUCUUCUCCAGGCGACUGAGAAGCUUACUGUGGCGCUGGAAAAUCCGUUGGAGAAAUUCAUCCGGCUUUUCCUUACGCUCUACGACCCCAUAGUAAUCCGCCUAGCCGUCGACCUGAAGCUGGUUGACAUCACGCUCGCACACAACAGCCCCAUCACCGCCGCCGAGCUGGCCGAAAAGAGCAACGCAGACGUCGAGCUAAUUCGUCGCAUACUCCGCAUGCUCAUCACCAUUGACAUCUUCACCGCGACCGCAGACUCCCCACCGCAAUACUCCGUCCUUCCCUUCGGCCAUGCACUCGCCACCGGCUCACCCCUGCGCUCCGCCGUUCUGCACAUCUCCCACUGCUUCCCCGCCACAGCCGCAAUGCCGGACUACUACGCAGCAAACGGGUACAAGAACCCGAGCGACGCACGCCACAGCCCCUUUUCAUUCGCAUACCAGUGCCCAGGCGAGACGUAUUUCGAUUUCCUCGGCAGGCCCGAGAACGCGGCCAUGAGCAGCGCCUUCAACGAGACAAUGGCGAUGCAGAAGACGGGCGAAGAUGAGACCUUCGUGUCGGCGUACCCGGUGGCCGAGCGCUUGCAAAAUCAAGAUCCGGAGAGGGUGUUGUUUGUCGAUGUGGGCGGGGGCGUGGGACACCAGCUCGCCAAGUUCCGGAAGCGGGCUGGCGGGCUCAAGGGCAGAUUUGCGUUGGAGGAUCUUCCGGCUGCGCUGGCGCAGGCGAGUGAUUUGCCAGAAGACGUUGUGAAGGUGGGGCAUGACUUUUUUCUGCCACAGCCAGACACAGUAAAAGGUGCGAAGGCGUUCUAUCUUCGUACGAUAUUGCACGACUGGCCACAGAUGCAGGCCGAGACGAUUCUCAAGCAUAUCGUAGAUGUCAUGGCAGAGGAUUCGGUGGUGUUAAUCAAUGAAUUGAUACUACCGGAGACCGGUGUUGGACAUUUCGAGGCCAAGAUGGACUGGCAUUUGAUGAAUCUGGCAGCCCUGGAGAGAACGGAGGAGCAGUGGAGAGUGCUUGUUGGGGGUGUAGGGCUGGAAGUCCAAGCGAUUUGGUGGGAAGAAGAUGGGACGAAGGGACGACGAGCAUUGAUCGAGUGUAGAUUGAAGCGCUGACAAUUGUCACGUACCAUGCUCUAAGAGUGGUAGUCCUCUAUCUGAAUAUAUUAUAUGUUGAUGUUGUGAAUGGCGCUC